UUGAAGCCGCUCUGGCUUCACACUCGGAGGAUGCGACAAACCAAACCUAUGACAGCCUUCUGGACAACUGUGCGACCCGUAGGCGAGUGCAAUUGGCUCGGAGUGGCACUUGUAAUUGCCUUAUUUCUUAAGUAACUACAUCUAAUGAAGGAUAGAAAAGCAAUAAAUAAACCAGGUUGCAUCCGAGCUGACUAUUUUUACUUUUUUGUGCUUCUGUGUGAAGCCACCACGACAAGCUCUUGUGCUAGCUCGCUGGCUAGCCAGCCUUUGUUCAAUACUCUGACCAGUGUGGCCAUAAAUUCGGAUUCAGCAUUCAACUCUUUCAUGUGGACUCCGUAUAUACAUAUAUUUUAUUCAAAUGAAACUCGUUGCAUCCUGUGGAGUAUUGCGCACCGUCUUUGUUGUGGGAGAAAUUUAGCUACCUGAUCUCUGUUAGCUUGUAUGAAUUGCGUCUUGGCUAGGUCGUGCAUAGGUUGCCAUGGAGCAGUGCGCAGCUCCGCAGCUCGAGAGCGCAAGCACGCACUCUCCACCACCAGACCCAGCGGAAAAGCCUGGAGGAGAUGCUGGGGAGACGGUUAAGGAUGCUUACGAGUGUCGGAUUUGUGGUUAUAAAGCGCAAGAUGUUAAAUGUCUCAGUCAGCAUCUGCACGCCGCUCACCCUGUUACCAGCCUUGCGGAUUCGGUGAGGAACGAGCGAUGUGGAGCGCUCGAGGAGGAGCGAGUGGGUGACCUGGGAAAAAGCGUUGUCAAGGAUAAACCAGUCACCACUGAGGGAUCUGAAUCUACUUCACUUCAGACUCCCGAAGACUCAAAUGAGACGACCUCCUCCGUGGAGGCAAAAGAACAAGAGAAGAUGGACGUCUCGCCUGCUCCUGAAGAAACGCAGAGCUCAUCCCCCGAAUUGCCUCAGGAGAAGUCACCCUGCUCUUCAGGGACUAAGAAGUCCUGCCAAAAGAAGCAAACGGCCUCCUCUGGCACAUCAACACACAACCAGGCUAACCUAGUCUGUCUUCCAUUGGUAUCCGAGGGGUUAAAACUCAUCUGGGUGCGCUCGGAGCAGGUCCACGAGCUGGAUGCCGUGUCAGAACUCGUGGAAGCGUUUAAUGAGUUCCCAUACCCCACAUCACAGGAGGCGAGCGCUCUAGCUCGAAAGUGUGAAUUACCGCCGGAGAGAGUUAAAGCGUGGUUCAUGAUGCAACGGGUACGUUACGGAAUUAGCUGGGCUGAUGACGACAUCCAAGAAACGCGACGCAAGCUGUGGCGAAUUCAGAAAAAAGGGGUCGCCGAGGAGUGUGUGGAAAUCAACGACGAGGAGGAUUGUUUAGGACGUGAUGAAACGCAACAGGAUUUUAUACCACCACCUGCGGCAGAUGCCCAUGUAGAUCAGAGAGACCACACGCCUAAACCCAGCCGUACUGUUCCUCAACACAUCAUCAGUGACCAAAACCGCUUGCAUUUUAGCCAGAAUAAUGCUUCCCAAUCCAAUAACGGUGUGCAGCAGUUGCUCAGUUCUAAUGUCGUGUACAAAAACGGUCUUGGACCUGCAUCCCAAGUUCCUCAAGUUAAUCCCCACUUCCAAAGUGAUAGUAGAAACGUACCGCCUCACAAUACUGGAGUCCAGCUGCUCGAUGCCUAUGGACGUUCACCGUUCGUGAUUAUGAACGAUCAACAGACCGCAAUGCCAUACCCCGAAGUCCCCGAGCUUUCACAGUCUCUACACUGCUUGCCAGGGAAAAAAUCGAAAGCGCAGCUGAUGGCCCUGCGCCGCAGUUUUGUACAGAAGUCUUGGCCCUCUGACGGCGAGGUUCAGCGGCUCCAGAAAAUGACUGGACUUAAUCGACGUGAAAUCCGCAAAUGGUUCGCUGACAGUCGCUACCAGCUUCGCAAGAACGGCCGGGCAUGGCUAGCCAAGCUCGCUGGGCGCAAUCGGGCAAUGCAGCUGCCCAAACAGAACUCUCAGAACGAGCUGGAGAACGAUGCUCUACCUGGUGCUGAUUUUUAUGACAACGACGAGGCUGACGAAGCAGAAGCGGAAUUUGAGGUUGAUGUGGAUGUGGCUGACGAUGAGGAACCGCUCAACCAAUCAAAUGAGACCAAGGAGGAAGUAAGUGACGAAGGUGAGUUUGAUGACAGCAACGCUUCCGUUCAACAGUACUCUGCAGAUAUCUCCCCUUCUCCUUCUCCGUCUCCGUCAUUCCUCCGCGGCCGGGUAGAACCAAACGUGCGACUUCGUAAGAAGACGAGGGAGCAGUUGGAAAUUUUGCGGCAAAACUUCCUUCGCUGCCAGUGGCCCACAAGCGACGACUACUUGAUUCUCCAGCAGAAGACGGGCCUGACAAGGACAGAGAUCAUCCAGUGGUACGGAGACACGCGUUACCAUGUCAAACACAAUCAGAUGCGCUGGAUGACCUCACAGGAGAGGGAACGCAUCAUCGCCGUCAUAAUGCAACAACAGAAAAGGGGCGGGAAGUAUUCACGGGGAAGAGUCUCGUUUGAGAACGUGGGCUCUGGGUUGAGUUUGGGUCAUUCUACUGUAGUCAACGGAGGUGGAGGGGGCGAAGCAACAAACUGGAAUGAACUUUUUCGAGGAGGAACCCCAGUUUUGCCUGAGGGUGAACUCUGACCUCGGCAGCAAAGUCAGUUUGCAAUGGCAUUUGUAGCUGUGCAGAUAGGUGGAAACUGAAUUCCACAUCACUGCCAAAGAUGUUACACAAAUACUUUUUUUUUUUUUCUUAACCUAUCUGGAUAUUUCUAUCCCAAUUUAAUGCUAUGACCAGGGCCUUGUAGAACCUCUCUCACAACAUUGUUAUGCAAUAUGUAUCUCCAAACCUAAGCAUCUUACUUGAAUCAAAAAUAUUUAGUAUUAGAAUAUGUGCUUUAAAGUAAUCGAAACAAAACUGUGUAUGGCAAGGCACUGAAUUUAUAGUACAAUGUAUUUUGUUUGGUAGCUUGUUUCAUCAGAGGUCUAAUGAAUUCUCGGUGUGUCUCAACAGAGCGAAUGCAUGCAUGUUGCCAUUUUCAUGUUUAAGUUGCACUUUGUGCUUAGAUAUGUAGAUGUUUGCUUUUACAAAGGUCAAUUGUAUUUAAGGUUAUUAGCAGCAUAACUGAAAUCUUUUAGCUCCACACGUGUGCUACACAGAUAUGUUUCUUUGACGGAAACAUUGUUCUGACAUGAUAAUACUACAAUUUAUGUGCUUUAAU